AUGUAUAAGCUGAUACCAUUCAUUGCUCUUUUGGCAUGUGCCUUGGCUGCGCCAGCUGAGGUUGUGCGUUCAUCUAGCAAUGUCGAAGCGGAUGGCUCAUAUGGAUUCGUUUGGGAGUUAAAUGAUGGCACCUCCUUCCAGGAGCAGGGAGUAGGUGGUCAGGGUGCAAAUGGAGCUUUCGCUUAUAUCUCCCCCGAAGGUCUGCCAGUUCAACUGAGUUAUGUUGCCGAUCAGAAUGGUUUCCAGCCAAACUCGGACUUGCUGCCCACACCACCACCAAUUCCAGAGGAGAUCUUGAGAUCCAUUCGAUACAUCCAAGAACAUCCCACGCCCGAGGAGUUGGCGGAUCGAGCAGUGCGUGCUUCUCAAAUUUAG